UAUUACAAUUAUUAUUAUUGCUGUAUCUAGUGGCCUGAUGAGCAAGAGGUUUGAGGUAGACCAUGGUGUAAAGGCCAUGUUUUUGAUUUAAGGAUAUUGCUAAAGUCAUUCUUCAGUUGUUGUUUAGGGAACUUUAAUCUUUCUCUUGUUUUUUCUUCAGGGUCCUAAUACGUGACGUAUAAAAACAGCUGGACAGUAGCACACCAAGGGAGGGCAGCAGUCACUGGAGGGUUCCAGAGGGUAUUCCUAAACUGUAUAUCAUCCAAUGGAAGAGAUUUAUCACUGGAUGUACCAGAUAAAGGAGAGCAACAGUGAGCUCGUGGCACAGCAUUAUCUAGGAGUGACAUAUGGGAACCAGCCAAUGUAUUAUCUGAAGAUAAGUCAACCAUCAAAUAAGGCCAAGAAGAUUAUUUGGAUGGACUGUGGGAUUCAUGCCAGAGAAUGGAUCUCUUCUGCCUUUUGCCAGUGGUUUGUGAAAGAAAAUCCUUAUAUACAUUGGAGAGCUACAUCGAGGACUGUAUUAUGCAGGAGCUACUAAGUCAACCACCGUUUACAAAUGGAAAUUGUAAAUGAAAACAAACUCUCCGACCUUAACAUCUCUCCUCUAACUCCCCUCCUCCGCCUGCUCCCUGAAUCCUCUGCAUGGCUUUGUCUUGUAUUCCUUUGUUGCUUUUUCUUUGAUUCUCUUUGAGUGCUUAGUGGUGUGGGGAUACAUUUUGAUCUCAUUUACGCUGGGGUAAGCCUUGCGUAAUGCCACUGAAAUUGGUGGGGUUACUUUUGCUUUACACCCGUGUAAGUGAAUCAGAGUGUACCGGCUUAAUUAAAAAAUAGAAGGUGUUAUUCUUUAUUGUGGUCCUCAGGAUCAUUUUUACACUCAGCCACUUGCUUUCUGACACAUUCUGCAGGCAAAUCCUGCUUGCCUUAUUCACAUAUGUAGACUCACUGAAGUCAUUUAUUUGUAAUUAUGAUCAUUGGGUUAUAACAGGGUGGCCAAAAUUUGACUGAUGGAGUUCGACAACGUACUUGAUAACACCCAUUUUUAAUACAUAAGUAGAUUGAACAAACUACGGGCCCAAUCAUGUGAUACUCCAUUUUCAUCCAAGCACCCUCUCGUUUUCUGCUCCAUGCUAUAUAAAUUAGUGCAGCCCAAAGGUUGCCAGCAAGUUCCCAAUAUGGCCCUUGUUCAGAAAAGUUAAGCUGUCUCAGGGGCAGCAUAAUAUGAAAUGGUUAAUAAUACAAUGUUCUGCCCGCUUCCUGAGGGCAGCAGGAGAAGAUGGAAAAUUAGUUUCUUGAGAGUUUGUGAAAAACAUCUCUGUCCAUUUUCCAGAGCUAUUCAGAUUGUCAGCAGCUAUUUUCCGUUACACCACUUGGGCCCUCAACUCCACUCACCUCUUAUUCAUUUGCGUAACCCAGAGGUUCCAUCAUAAGUGAAUACCUAAGGUUGGACCUCACACCCUGGAUCUGAACACAUCAGGCUUUGGAUCCAGAUUGUAUCCAGACUUUGAGCCAGCGCUUCAGCUGUUGUAAAUCAGCAUAGCUGCGUUGAUUUCAGUGGAACUGUGUGGAUUAACACUAGCUGAGGAUCUGGCUCUUUGUGUCUCAGCCCCAUCUAGUUCAAAUUCUCCCUCCCCUAAACUGCUUGUGUGAUAUACUCUUGGAAUUCCAGACAGAAGGGCAAAGGGCUGAAUGGACCUGGAGACUAAACUGCUCUGAGUCCAUUUUGGGUUCUCCUGGUGCUUGUAGACAGUAGCACAACUCAAGAACACUGUCUCGUCUCCUCCCCUUUGCUUUCUUUUGGCUUCUUCAGAGCUUAGUGCUUUU